UACGUCCUUGUCGGAGGCUGAAAAAGGUUGGGCUUCCGGGCAUGCGCACUGCGUUGUGCCGAGGAGUGCCUUCACCUGGACUCCAGGUUUUAUUUAAAAAUGGAAGAGGAUACAGAUUAUAGAAUCAGGUUUAGUUCUUUGUGUUUCAUUAAUGAUCAUGUUGGAUUUCAUGGCACGAUAAAAAGAUCACCAAGUGACUUUAUUGUUGUUGAGAUUGAUGAACAGGGACAUUUAGUUAAUACAGCCACUAAUGAACCUGUUUACGAAAUUAGUAAAAUAUUACCUGAGCCAAAUAAUUUUGCCAAAAAACCAAAGCUAGAUCUUCAAAAUGUAUCCUUUGAAGAUGGAAAAAAACAGGAAGUUAAUACUUUGGCUAGAGGCUCUGAUGGUGACCAACAUCAGUCUGGUUCAGAAAAGGAAGAUAGUAUCAAUGGAGGAACGUCUGAAUGUGAAGAAAAGGCUGAUGUAUUAAGCUCCUUUUUAGAUGAAAGAACUAAUGAAUUAUUGAAUCAGUUUGCCUCUGAUGUAAAAGAGAAGUGGACUUCCAAACCUGAGCCAAUUGGACCAUCUCCUGAAUUCUCAGUAGGCAGAAUCCUUGACAAAAACCGGAGGGCUAUUUUGCAUAGUGCUAUUAGGCAGAAAUUUCCUUUUUUAGUAACUGUAGGAAAAAACAGUGAAAUUGUUGUAAAACCAAAUCUUGAGUAUAAAGAACUCUGUCACUUGGUAUCUGAAGAAGAAGCAUUUAACUUUUUUAAGUAUUUGGAUGCAAAGAAAGAAAAUUCCAAAUUUACCUUUAAACCUGAUACAAAUAAAGACCACAGAAAAGCUGUCCACCAUUUUGUCAACAAAAAGUUUGGAAACCUUGUGGAAACCAAAUCAUUUCCUGAACUGAAUUACAGUGCUGCUAAUCCAAAUGUAGCAAUAACUGUAAGAUUUCGGGAAAAAGCACACAAACACAAGCACAGGAAAAGUUCUCUUCUUGAGCGUGAGGAAAGAAAAGCUAUAUAUACAGCUUUUACCCUACGGAAGGAAAAUAUGGAAAUGUUUGAAGCAAUUGGUUUUUUAGCUAUCAAACUUGGUGUGAUUCCUUCGGAUUUUAGUUAUGCAGGCCUUAAAGACAAGAAAGCCAUCACCUAUCAAGCAAUGGUUGUUAGAAAAGUGACUCCAGAGAGGCUGAAAAAUAUUGAAAAAGAAAUUGAAAAGAAAAGAAUGAAUGUGUUUAAUAUUCGCUCUGUAGAUGAUUCCCUUAGACUUGGUCAGCUCAAAGGCAAUCACUUUGAUGUUGUCAUCAGAAAUUUAAAAAACCAAAUAAACGAUUCUGCAAACCUGAGAGAGAGAAUUUUGGAGGCAAUAGAAAAUGUUAAGAAUAAAGGCUUUCUGAAUUACUACGGCCCACAGAGGUUUGGGAAGGGAAGGAAAGUUCACACAGACCAAAUCGGACUGGCGUUGCUAAAGAGUGAUAUGGUGAAGGCCAUAAAACUAUUUCUUACACCAGAAGACUUGGAUGAUGCUGUAAAUAGAGCAAAGAAAUACUUUCUUCAAACUGAGGAUGCUAAAGGCACGCUUUCAUUGAUGCCUGAGUUCAGAGUUCGAGAGAAGGCUUUGUUGGAGUCACUGCAUCGCUUUGGCAUGACUGAGGAGGGCUGUAUCCAGGCGUGGUUCUCUUUUCCCCAUUCCAUGCGCAUAUUCUACGCUCACGCAUACAGCAGCAAGGUUUGGAAUGAGGCGGUAUCUUACAGGCUGGCAACCUAUGGAUCGAGAGUAGUGGAGGGGGAUUUGGUCUGUUUGGAUGAAGAUGUUGGUGAUGAGCACCUUCCAAAUAGUAAAGUUCAUCUGGUAACUGAAGAAGAGGAAUCAGCUAAUACAUAUGCAAUAUAUCAGGUGGUUCUUCCCGUACUUGGGUACAAUAUUCAGUAUCCGAAGAACAAAGUAGGGCAGUGGUACCAUGAUGUACUUAGCAGAGAUGGACUACAGACGUGUAGGUUUAAAGUACCUCCACUGAAACUGAACAUACCAGGAUGCUAUAGACAUAUUUUGAAACAUCCUCAUAAUCUCACAUACCAACUAAUGGAAGAUCAUGACAUUGAUGUCCAAACAGAAGAUUCCCACACAAAAGAAGCAACUUUGUCUCUUUUGGUCUCUUUUGAUCUUGAUGCUUCAUGUUAUGCUACAGUUUGUCUGAGAGAAAUAAUGAAGCAUGACGUUUAAACUGAUACCCUUGGUAUAAUCGUGUGUAUGUCACUCUGAAGGAAAGGGAGCUAAAAUUUCUGAAGCACCUAUCAUGUGCUAGGAACUUCAUAAUUGUUAUCUCCUUUAAUUUUCAUGGCAUCCUGAAAAGUUGGAAUUUGAUGCUGUAAUGUUCCAGAGGACAUAUAGCUAGUAAGUGUCAGGUUCUAAAUUUAAGAUCUGUCUGACUCCAAAGCCUAUGCUUCUUUCUAUUAUACAAUGCUUCAGUGACCUUUAUUCUGUGUCAUAAAAGUUACAAUCUUUUUAAAUGAUUAGGAACAUAUAAUACUGUAAAACAACAUUUAAGAAAAAAAAAUUGUGAAGUAAUGUUUAUAUCCUCUAGCACCUUGCUUAGAACAUAAAUGAAUAUAGGUUGCAAUGAAAGCAUAUGGUUGGAAAGACAAAUGAAGCACUGUGCUAAUUAUUGUCAUCCUUUCCUAGUGUUGAAAUUAUUGAUCAGAACAAUGCACAAAAGAAUCCCUUUGUUUAUGAUAGCUACCCAAAGGUAGUUAUUACCCCUUUAUG